AUGACUCCUCGUCGACCGGUGUGCCAAGAUGUCUCCGAUAACGAAGUGACGCGAACCUCGAGUCGUUUGGAUAUUUCACCAUCCAGCGACGACGACUCUGAUGGAGACAGGGACGGAGAACCCAGGACCUUGACGAGGCCGAAGUCUACCGUGUCCGUUGCAGAGACCCUUCCGUGGUACCGCGAGCUGCUCUUCGUGAUCAUCAUCUGUCUCGCGCAGUUAUUUACGCAGGCCGGUCUUGGACAAGCAAUUGCUAUUCUCCACGUCAUUGGUGACAACUGGGGAAUAGCCAACUCGGGCGACCUUUCAUGGUUCAUCUCCGGCUACAGUCUGACGGUCGGAACCUUCAUCCUCUUCGCCGGCCGCCUUGGCGAUGUCUUCGGCUACAAGAAGAUCUUCCUCAUCGGCAUGGGCUGGUACAGUUUCUGGAGUAUGGUGGCCGGUCUCGCCGUCUACUCGAGCUACGUCCUCUUCAUCUUCGCCCGUGUACUUCAAGGGCUCGGCCCGUCCUUGGCGCUGCCCAACGGACUGGCCAUUCUCGGCGCAACCUACGCUCCCGGGCGAAAGAAGUCCCUGGCCUUUGCUGCUUUCGCGGCCACGGCCCCGGGUGGCGCCGUCAUCGGAUCUGCAUUCGCCGGCUUGUUUUCACUGAAGUGGUGGCCAUGGACAUUCUGGUCCUUUUCCAUCGCACUAGCAAUGACUACCGCAGUCGGCUGGUACGCCAUUCCCGACGCCCCGUCGUCCGAUAGAGACGAACAGCCGCCGGACUUCUGGGGCAAGGUCCACCAUCUCGACGUCCCCGGUGCCUUCGUUGGCGUCACGGGGCUGAUCCUCAUCAACUUCGCCUGGAACCAAGCACCGAUCGUCGGCUGGAAGAUGCCAUACGUAUACGUCUGUCUUAUCAUCGGCAUCAUCUUCGUUAUUGGUUUCUUCGUCAUCGAGAACCACUACUCGGCCAAACCCCUCAUCCCCUUCGAAGCCCUGUCCUCCGACGUCUCCUUCGUCCUCGGCGCCGUGGCCUGUGGCUGGUCCUGCUUCGGCAUUUGGCUUUGGUACACCUGGCAAUUCUUCGAAGAAAGCCGGGGCGCCUCCCCUCUGUUGGCGACGGCCUGGUUCUGUCCUGUCGCCAUCUCGGGCGCCAUGGCCGCUGGCCUCGUGGGGCUUUUGCUGCACCGUAUCGGGCCCCCGCUCGUUAUGACUGGUGCCCUCGCGGCAUUUACCGUGGGAACCAUACUCAUGGCUACCUGUCCAGUCGACCAGAUAUACUGGGGGCAAAGCUUCGUUGCGCUAAUAAUAAUGCCAUGGGGUAUGGACAUGUCCUUCCCAGCGGCGACUCUCAUUCUAUCGAAUGCCGUGGCGAGGAAGCACCAGGGGAUUGCGGCGAGUUUGGUCAAUACGGUGGUGAACUAUAGUAUUGCGCUGGGGCUGGGUUUCGCCGGGACCGUAGAGUAUAAUGUGAACAAUGGGGGGAAGACGCCUGAGGAUAGGUUGAAAGGGUAUAGGAGCGCAUAUUAUAUGGGCAUUGGGCUUGCGGGGUUGGGGGUAUGUGUGUGUAUUGCUUAUUUGAUCAAGUCGAACCGGACGCCCAAGCGGCAGGUUGAGGAGAAGGCUUGA